AAGAGUGAAAGAGUAGCUGUGACUGAUCGUGUGUAGCGCGACUUUUAGUUUGACAUCGUACAAAACAGGAAGUGCCUGAAUGCGUGACUGUGAAGCUGUAGGACAUGGGGUUAAAAUAGAGGUUUUUAGGAUGAUGGUGUAUCUGUCGUUUCCAGUGGCGAUGUUUUGGAUAUCAAACCAAGCGGAAUAUUUUGAGGAGUACAUCGUGAAGCGAAAGAGGGAGAUCUUCCCACCUGAUGAGAAAAUGCAUAGGCAAGAACUGGAGGAUUUCAAGGAGCGCAUGAGAAACCGAAGGGAGCAGAAGAUGCUGAAACAGAUGGGCAUGCAGUCUGAGGAAUGACUAUAAAACAACAGCACUUGUUGUUGCAUCAUAAUUCAACCUUGGGAUCAAGCCUUCAUGUUUAACAUGGAAACACUACUCCCAAAGUGUCAAACCAUAUAGUGGAAAACAUAAUAACAAUAUUGUUUAUGGACGUAAUUUAAGAAAUGGGUAGGGGAAAUGUAUAUUUUUGUAAAUAUUGCCUUUGAACAUUCACAGUCGAAUGGUUUGACUUUAUUGUGUUUGUAAUGUUACUUUCUUAAUAGCUAUAAAAACGCUGCUUUUGUUGUUGCUGUUUUUGUUUCAAAAUGAAAAAAUAAAAUGAUAAAUUUUA